AACUUUUUUCUCCCCCUAUACCCCCAGGUAUUCUCUUGAGGGAAGGGAGCUGUUAAGAUUGAAUAAUAGCCACCCACAGGAAAAAUAAAGGAAGGAGAGAGAUCGUGGCUAGAUUCAUCUUUUACACAGGCUCCCGGUGAUAAUGACGCUGGCAACAAGCACGACGACUGUGACGAAGGCCCCAGAGGCAGGCCCUGACCUAGCUGGAUCCGAACCCCUCCAUCCGUAUAACACGAGGAGGAGAACGAAACGGGUCGCCUUCAAUCGCGUCGUGGACAUUCGCCUUUACGUCGUCCCUGACACCAACGCCAACAAUAUCCCUCAUCAUCAGAGGCGCCAUUGCAAUUAUCCUUUAGGUCUUCGACUGAAUCGGAAGCAACUGCGAGGCCUCACACAAACGGUCCUUCCUUCGAACAUCAUUCAAGUUCAGCCGCCUUGCAUCCCCAUGGAUGACAAGAGUGUCGAAAUCGGUCAACCCGAGGCGGGGAACGAGGAAGAAAUGUGCGGUAGGAGAAGGAAAGAAACAGAAGUGAUAUUGAAUCGAUUGGCAUCCGUUCAUCCCAGCUUCUUCGAGUGCCAUCGGUUCCUCAUGAGAGGGGAUGGGCCUCUUCCCUUCCACUAUCGCAACUAUCUCGCUCUCCUUGCAGUGGGAACAGGAGGGGGAGGAGGAGAAGAGUAUUUCUGUUUGGAGGGUCAAGAGGGGGAAUGGAUGAAGAAGGUUCCCUCCAUGGGAGAUCUUCCCCCAAAGCUCAGACCCCUUGCUCACUUCAAUCAUCUUCUCUCUCAUGCUCCAUGGACUUUGCAGGAAAGUAUCAAGGAGCUGAUCCGUGUGAGCUGGACCCUGUCAGAACUGGUGCAAGGAGUUGUGAUAAUGUGUCAUUUCCAUGCAUUGUCUUCCUUGGCAUCACCUGCUCUCUUCCUACUUCAAGAUGCCAGGAGGGGUUCAAGUGAUGAGGACAAAGAGAAUCGAUCAAGGCAAAAGAGGAUCUCAGGUAUGCAAGUCUUUCAGCCCGAAUCGCGUCCAGAACCUGCAUCCUUUGAUAAUGAAUCCUGUCCAACUUCCUUUAGAAUCCAGGAAUAUUCUUGGGAGGAGCAUGGAUUUUCAAUGGCCAGUCGACUGUAUUCAGAUGUUGGACCAUACUUAGAUGACAGAUUUUGUCAUGCUCUUGCCUUCCAGCGCAAGGAUCCCUUCCUCACUGCUAUAUGGAACCUCACUCUUGAUCUCUUUCAUAUCAGGCUGGAUGACUACGACUACAAGGAAAUCGAUACCUGCCUGACUGAGAGAAUGCAGCGAUUCAUCAAGAAAGCAGCCUUAUGUCCGAAGGAUUUGCAGCCAGAGGAUUUACACGAUAUAGGACUUGAGGAACUCAAAGUCAACCCGGACCAACUUCCUCGUAUUCACUUCGCAUUGCAACAGAUGAAGGUGUUGCUGAUCAUCAUGGAGGCUCGACUACAGGCAGAACUCCUACAUGCACUACGGGCCAUCACCGCCUUCACCACAUGA